AUGGAGAGCGACUCAAUGGAAUAUAGAUACCUUGGCAGAUCAGGGCUCAAGGUCUCAGUUUUCAGCUUUGGGAAUAUGACAAGUGGCUGGUCUGAUGAGGCUGAAAGAUGGAACUUUGAGUGUAUUGAUAAAUGCAUCAGGUCAGGGGUAAACUUUUUCGAUACCGCUGAAUAUUACGGCCUUGGGGUUGCUGAAACUAUUCUAGGCAAAAACUUCAAGCAGGGAGGAUGGGAUAGAGAUGAUAUUAUUGUGUCGACUAAGCUAAAUCCUUAUGGAUUUGGCGUACAAGGGCUGUCAAGAAAAAGGGUAAGGCAAGCGAUUAACAAUUCCUUAUCACGUCUCCAGCUUGAUUAUGUUGAUGUAUUAUUUAUGCACCGUUUUGACCCAGAAACUCCAUUAAAAGAAACAAUAAGAAUUUUUAACGAAAUUAUUGACAAUGAUAAAGCAUUUUAUUGGGGAACUUCUGUAUUCACCCCUCAGCAAAUCUCAGAGUGCUAUACAAUUUGUGAAAAGCAUGGCUGGAUUCCACCAAUAGUAGAACAAUGUGAGUAUAAUAUGUUUGAAAGAGAAAAUAUUGAAAGAAGCUUAGUCCCAAUAUUUAACCAGUAUGGACUAGGAGCCACUGUAUGGUCUCCUUUAGCAGGUGGAUUAUUAUCUGGAAAGUAUAAUGACGGAAAUUUGCAUCCAGGAAGAUAUGAUACUGAUUUAUUUGGCGGAAGACUUAGAGAAAAAUUUGAAAAAGUUAUUGGGGGAAGAAAAGAAGCAGCUAUCAGAACUUUCCAAGGGCUAAAAGCAAUUGCUGAUGAAAUUGGCUGCACCCAAGCACAACUAGCAUUGGCUUGGGUAAUUAAAAAUCCAGAUGUGAGCACUGCCAUAGUUGGAGCAAGCUCUAUUAAGCAGCUUGAAGACAGUUUGGGAUGUAUUGAAGUUUCGAAAAAAUUAAGUCCAGAAAUUUUAGCAAGAAUAGAAGAUGCCUUAGGAAAUAGACCAGCUCCUUCUAUGAAUUGGAGAAACUUCACGCCAAAUUCCCCAAGAAGAUAA